UUUUGACUUCAGAGACGUCUCAAACAUGCUAGAGUCAACAUGAGCCAAUGUGGGCGGGAACUUCUGACAGAGGAGCAUGAUGCAUAAGUAUCGGCUCCACGCAAUCUGAACACGUUACGUCUGAAAUGGCAUUUCUCGGAUCGGUGCUGUGAUUCCAUGGACUACCCGGGUUCAGUCUAACUGCACUACAGGGGCAGAAGACACAAGCAUGACUUCCAACUCAACAGACAGUUUGUGUGCGUCAGACGACAGGCUGUGUAUCACUCUAAAUUAUGAGUUGGAGCUCAUCGUGGUCCCUGCCAUCCUCCUCAUCCUCACCCUCCUCAUCAUCCUGACAGUAUGUUUACUAAAAUUAUGUUCCCGGAAAGAGCGGACCCGAGACAGAGCGCCGCAGUACCUCCAUCAAAACCACCGCCACACAACACACAGACAGUCAAAUACACACAGACGCAACCUGAAAGGAAUCGAUGCACCGCCGGGGCUCAACCCUCUGGAACACGAAGAGGUGCCCAUGACUGUCAAGCAGAAUGUCAAACCAACCCCAGUUCCACAGAAGUCCACACAGAUGCAGCAGGGAGGCUUUGGUCAUGUCACUGCUCUGCCUCUGCGCUUCUGCAUCAAACCCAAUGACACAGUCAGCUUCUUCAGAGCGCGCACGGACAACAAGAACGUGGUCCUUCGGGUGCUCAAAGAAAAUGCAAAUAACAGUGAGAAACAAGACUUUUUGGGGUUUGCUUCCUUCCUGUCUAAUAUGGGACCCCAUCCCUUCAUCCCUGCACUGCUGGGCGUUGUGUCAGUGCAGUCGCCUUUUGUUCUGGUGGUAGAGGAGCUGAAGCACAGGGACCUGCUGGGCUUCCUGUGGAGAUGCAGACAGGACAAUUCUGGCUGUGAGAUGACGGAGAAACAAAUCUUUACCAUGGCGGGACAAGUUGCCUCUGCUCUGGAGUACCUUCACAGCCGGCAGUGCAUCCAUGGUAAUGUUGGAGCUUGCAGUGUUCUGGUGGGUGCAGACAUGACAGCUAAGCUGUGGGGAUUGGGCCCAGCGUACCGCAGAACCCACACCCCCUCAGCAAUGGAAGUGGAGGAGGUGGGUAUGAAGAAAUGGCAAGCACCUGAAGUUCUGGGCAGGAGGGCCCUGAGUCAGAGCAGUGACAUAUGGUCGUUUGGGAUUCUCCUCUAUGAAAUGGUGACACUGGGUGGUCCACCUUUCGCUCAAGUCCCUGUGACAGAACUUCUGCAGUAUCUCCAGAGUGGAAAGUACCUCAAGCAGCCGUCCACCUGCUCCAGCUCUUUGUACUCCAUCAUGAAGUCUUGUGGCCAUUACAGCCCCCAGCGCCGCCUGUCUACAUCCCAGCUGAUUAACGUUCUUCACACGGGAGAGACAUCAGCUGAUGGGAGGAGGCCACUGAGAGUGACAGAACCACUAAACUUUGACAGAUACACGAGGGAGGCGGGACUAAGAGAAGCCGCCGAUUCUGCCUUUUUGUGAUCUGUUGGGAUCAUGUAGGACACUUGUGAAACACUUGAAGGAGCUUUUUUUCUGGUGCUGGUGUUUAACAGGAGGUGUUUGACCACUCCAGGAGAGAGAAGCAAACAACAGAUAAAAGUCUAUUUUUUUAUGGUUCGUUAUUUUGUACUUUUGUUUGCACAACAGGAAAGCUCGAUUCCUCUUUUGAAGUACUGUAACUUUAUAUGUACUAUUUAUUAUCUUUAAAUAUUUGAUCAUUUUUUAGCUUUUCAAGGUCGGAUUCACACAAAAAAAAGCCACCAACGUCAAAAUGUUUCUUUUGUGUAGCUCUGAAUUCCAUAAAAUCAACAUUAUCAAUAAUGCAAUAAGAUUCCAGCUGCAGCGGAUGCACCGCAGGAAAGAGGCUGAUCGACAGGCAAACCUGAAUCGCUGAUGCUUACAUCUUGAUUAUUGAUCUGCAAAUAUUGAUGUCACUCCUGUAGAGUCUGAUUUUGUGGGACUUCAACCCCCCCCUCCUCCAUUCAGACAGCAACUACAGGAGCAGUGGAGCAGGGAGACAACAGGGCCAAGGGGUAAAUUAACAAAACCCCAAACGUUUUUUUUUCCAUAUUUCUGUUGAAGUCAGACUAACUUUAGAGAUUACAGGUGCCAAUUUGAUUAUUUAACAACCCGCCUAUUGUGGUUACUUGAUGAAAUGUCCAAGAUGCAGUAAAUUUUGUGUCACAUUGCACU